GUUCAUCAGUCAUUUUAUUUUAUCUGCGUCCUACCUUCCAUGCGUGAUAGUUGCUGAUCCCCGGUUGCAUGGUCGAUGUGAAAUACAAAUACUGCGCAUGUGUCUAUUAGCUAGUCAGUACUAUACAGCCAAGUUCCCAGCUCGAUCCUGCAAUGGAUUACAGUCGAGGAAUGAAUUUGAGUGAUGAGUGAGGCCGCCUGGUGCCGUGCCGUGAUGUGUGAGGCUUGAUAGAGGCGGUUCGGAAAAGCUGCAACAGCCCACAUGUAAAAGGCUGCGCGCCACAUCACCCUCCCUCGUCCCCUCCUCCCUCACACCACCAGUCACCAUGGGGAUGGGGGCAGGCAUGGGGAGGAAAGGAAGGAAGAAGCCAUAAUGGUCAUCCAUAUAAAGGACGGACGGCUCCUCUAUGCUGGUAGUAGGGAAUCACUAGCAGCAGCACCGCACCACCAUCGAUCCCUCACCCAUCGGAUUCACAGCACAGCACAGGCAGGCCAUGGCCAUGGCCAUGGCGCCGCAGGGUCAGGAGCACGAGCACGAGCAGCCGCAUGGCCAGCGCCCGGCGGCGCCCACCAACCACCCCGCCGCUCCGGGCAGCACCAUCGCCACCAACCGCUGGGGCCCCUACUCGGGCGCCGGCGACUUCGCCAGCAACAUGGCCGUCAUCCUCGCCGCCCUGCUUGCCGCGCUGGCGUUCGCCCUCGCGCUCAACGCCGCGGUGCGCUACGUGCUCCGCCGAGCCCGUCGUGCUGCCGGCGGCGCGACGGAGGCGGACCCGGACCCGGAGAAGGCGGCCGUGGAGGCGCCCCCGCCGCCCCCGGCCCUGGUGUACUCGGCGGCCGGGACGAAGCUGGCGGGCGCGGCGGCGGAGUGCGCCAUCUGCCUGGCGGAGUUCGUGGACGGGGACGCCGUGCGCGUGAUGCCGGCGUGCGGCCACGGCUUCCACGCGCGCUGCAUCGAGCGCUGGCUCGCGGGGGGGCGCCGCUCGUCCUGCCCCACGUGCCGCGCGCCGCUGCACGCCGCUGCAGCCGAGGGCGCCGCAGCUGCCGCAUCGCCAUCAUCUUGACACUCCUAUGGUUUGCUUGAAUAUAAUUUGCCCAGCGGCUGGGCGACCCAGUUCCUGUUCUAAUGUUCUUGGCAGGCGACAGGUGUUGCUUGUUCUUUCUUUCCUUUUUCCUUCCUUUUGCUACUAUUAUAUAUGUAAAUAUUUAUCUCAGCAGAGCAGAGGAGAGUAGAGCAGAGACAGGUAAUUGAUCGAAGUAGAUGGAUGAUGAUUUGGUUUGAUGCCUUGUGAAUGAUUUUUUUUUUGAGAAAGUUUUUUCAAUCAAUCUGGCUAGCUGCUGCUUCUCUU